AUUUUCUAUUCGUUGCUUUUCAUGAUUUUGUGUUUACAUGACAAAGAAGUAUAAGAAACUGGUUGUGACCAAAGCCUCACGCACGAAUUUCGUGCAUGAAAGAUCCAAAGUGCAUUUUUGCAGUUUGUUGUGAAACCUAUUAAUGUAUUUUUUUUUUAUUUACUAGUUUGGUUUAACUUUUUUUUUUGGUUUAACUUUUUUUUUUUUGCGCUACAAAAGUCACCGAUUCCUUUGGUUCUGCGUUUGACAUUUCCAUGAAUGUUGUUCUGCUUUAUUUGAGUUAUAAUGUUAGUUCUUACAAUCAAUAUAUUCCGUAUUUCGAGUUUGUUUCAUUGUUCCUUUCAUCCAGAGGUCUUCAAUGGAGGACCAAUUAAGGGUGUGAAAGAUUCAUGGUCGAAGGAUCUCGCUGAAAUUCGUUCAAUGUUAUAGGAGUUGGUUGGAAACCUUGCAAUGAUUGCAGAAUACCACAAGUUAUCUCUUGCCUCGUCCUAUCUCAACGAUGAAGCUUUGACGUUGUAUCGAUGGCUUUUCCAGACCAAGAAAUUGACAAAUUGGAAACAUUUUGUUGUGGAAGUAUUGAUCCGCUGCUGUAAACGGCAUCUCAAAUUGCCAGAAGACCGCUUAGCCAAUCUCAGACAGGUAACCUCGGUGACUGAGUACCCAAGUCAUUUUAAGGUUGUUUCAUCGGGCUUCGAUGAGUCACAUGUACUUUCUCCAUGACUUGCACAUGUUCAUCCCCAGUGUAGUAAUAUAACCAACUCAUCUUUGCUUCAAAAUUAUGAUGAACAAUCUGAAUGCAAAAGCAAAAUGUAUGCGCUCAAGGUGUUCGACAAAGGGUUAACUAGUUGCUGCCCCACAGUAUUUGCCGAGGUGCAAUUAGGUACUCCAAUUGAAAUGCUUGAGAAAGAAGCACCACCGCAGCGAAGUCCAACUGUUCGAUGAAUGUCCCCAACGAGAUAUGUCAAAUAGGUAUGUUACCGAAACUUCUUUGGUUCGUGGCUCUAGUAAGCAAAAGAUUGAAUUUGAGGCCUUUGAAGACAUGUAUCUUGCUGAAUUUUCUUGGAGACUGAGACUAUUGAGGAUCUAUAUCUUGAUAAAAAAAUUCUAGAGAUUAAGGAUAGUUUUCCACCAAUUAACAUGCCUUCAGAUGAAAUGAUGGUUGUUGUGGAGUGUGGAAAAUCUACCGGGGAAUUCCAUGCUCAGAAUAUUUUGUGUCAAUUUCCAUUUAGUCUUGGUGCGAAUCUCUUUAUUGUCACUGUUCAUGGAACUGCAAUUGAUCUUUGUGUGUGGGAUCUAGGAAUAAGUUUCAAGUCCAAGGCUCUCGUAGGUUGUACAGUGAACAUGGAGCCACUACUAUUGUUGGGAUCUACGGAGACGUUUUUCUUAAUUGCAUAUGCUAACUCUAUGACUCAAGUGUGGGAUCCUGGAUGGCAAGAAUGCAUGCGUUCUUCCAUCUUGCUAUCUGUUUUUGAAUUGGCAGUUGCUAUUGGCUUAAUAUUUAAUUGCUGUUAUACUCACUUAAUAAUGAAUACUCAGACUAAGGAAUGGGAGAAGAACUUUAGGGGACUGUUUGUGUUCCCUUUUCAGUGCAUGAGUUUGGCACUUAAUGUAAUAUCGAAGUGCAGAAGAAAGACACAUCCUGCAAUAAGACUUGAUCGCCUUGUGCAAUCGUUGUGGUCAUUAACUUAUUUUCCUGCUUGUCUCGCUGAACGCGUUUCCUCACCUCCAGUGCAUAAUAAUUAUUGGACUUGCUAUUUUAUGCGGACUUCAACCGACUUCCUUGCUGGUACAUUAGCCAUUACUCCGUGAUCAGAUGUCGUUGUAGAUGCUGCUUAAAAAAGUCACAGAGAAGGAAUUGCACGUGUCCUUCAAGGUGUCAUAGCUGGAAAAACUGAGAAAUAUUUGAGAGCUCACGUUACUGUUGAAAUGAACUUAGUCUUUGAUCCUGGAGGUGGUGAUUUUGAUGUACUGAUUCUUGAAGACAGAGAUGGUGUCCUUGAGGCACUCUUGAAAGCCAUAACUAAUUUGUUUAUAUACAAUGUGCUCCUCUUUGUUGAUAACUUUGAUCGUCUUUAUUUGAAAGAAACUAUUCACGAUAUUACCAAGUUAGAAUAUGGCUUGUCAAUUUUUUGGUUUUUGUUU